AGGCAGAAUGGGGAAAAGAUCGGAAAAUGCGUUUUUCUCCAUGUGCUAAAGCAACAGUUUGAAGAAAUUUGACAACGCAGAGGACGAAACCAAUCCGUUUAGGGAACGCAGUGUGGCGUCUAGGAUUUUCGGCGGCGCCGUCUUCUCCUCCAGCCGUCGGAAAUCCUUUUCUGUUCCUCGUUGCCCAUAUCUGCUCUCGCCUUUGCGUGGAACCUGAGGUUCUUCUUUCUGCGACGUUGUGUGCGUCCAGUGCCCUUUUUUCUCUUUCUUUCCUUUGUGCAUGCGUCUUCGGCUCUGUUUUCUCUUGCGUUUCUGUCUCUCAUCCUUUCUAGGGAGAGAGACAGGUGCAGAGUUCCUCCCCGGUGACCCUCGCGGAGAGGAGGCGUCUCGCGCCGAGAGAGAUCGCGUGUCACAUGAAAAAGACUCCUUCGCUCUCAGACCUUUUUGAAGGGAGAAGGAAAACUCCAACUCGCGUUCUACGCCGUCGCGCUCCGGUCCCCUCCCCACCUCCCCCUCGCGGUGUCUUUCUCUUUUUUUCUCCCAUUCUGUUGCCCGCGAGCAGGAUUGGCGCCGUCACUCUCUGUCAGUUCUUGUCUUCUUUCUAGAAGAGGAACGACGCGUGUGUGUCAGGAAAGAGGCAGGCGCUUUUCUCGUCUCUUCUCUGUUUCGCAGGCAGCCGCUCUCUCUCGUCGGUCAUCCUCUUCUCACAAGAAGCUUCUCUGAAGAACAUCGGCAUUGCUUCUCGCCUGUGUCUCCGCGGCUUUUUGCGGCAUCCUGCCUUCUCGCCUCGCCAUCCCUGCAAAAAAGAGCCUCUGCUCUCAACCUUUCUUCUUUUCCACUGGUGCCCUGUGCGUCUCUCGCCGCGUUCCUCCAAACCUUUGGCAAACUUCAGCUUCCUUGGCGAUCUCCCCACCGCUCCCUUUUUGUCAACCGACCGUCUUCUCCUCGCCGAGUUCCUCUUCUCUCGUUCCGUCUCUCUUCUCUUCUCUCUCCUCUGCCGCUGCGCCGCUUGCUGACGCGACCGUCUCUCGUCCCCCGCGCUUCCUGCCACCAUGCAAGUCUCUCCUGGUGCUCUCUGCCGCUCCGCUGUGUUUCUCUUUCCUCUGCUUUCUCUGUUUUGCCGCGCGUCCUCUUUCGCGCGCCUGGCGCCGCCACUGGCCGUGGAAGCCGCAGCCGCCCCACAGGCCUCUGCUUCAGGGAAGACGGCGAAGGACGCAAGUCCGUCGACAGCGAAUUUGCAGCCUCGGACGAGUGCAGACGACGAAGCAGCCGUUCACAAAGUCGGGAGGGAGAUGGACGAAGACGACGAGGCCUUCAUCCGCGAGGAAUUCAUGGAGUUCGACUCCAACGGAGACGGCAUGCUCGAUGCGUACGAGGUCCGAGUGACGCAUCCCGAAAUCGGAAACAGCGAACUGUUUUCUUUCUUCCGGCUAGUGGACUCCAACCAAGAUGGACUCUUGACUCUCGCAGAAUAUCGCGAGUAUGUAUCAUCAGCUAUUUAAGUGAAACUGGCGAGAACGGUUUCUGUUGGCAAUCGACGCCCCGACACUCUCCGUUGGUGUGGUGCAAGCGAACGUUCUUUUUUCGGCGAGAUUCUUUGCCCGGUUUCCUUGUCAAAACCCUUCAAUUUGACUACAGAAACUCAUGCACGGCG